UCCAGCCACCGCGCGGGGAGCGCCCGGAGGAGGGGGCCGGCAGGCGGAUAGCGGCUGCGGGGCGGCCGGGGAGCAUGCCCGUGCAGCCCCGUUGAAUGGCGCCUUCCCUGAGACCCCUCGCCCGGCCACGGCCGCCAGGGAUGCUGCUCGGCGCGCUCCUGCUCCUGCUGCUCCUCGGCUCCGUUCCAGGAGUAUGGUGCUUUAGCGAACUGUUUUUUAUAAAAGAACCACAGGAUAUUACUGUCUCAAGAAAGGAAGCAGUCGUUUUAGAUUGCCAGGCUCAUGGAGAAGUUCCUGUUAAGGUCACUUGGUUGAAAAAUGGAGCAAAAGUGUCUGAAAAUAAGCGGAUCCAGGUUCUGUCCAAUGGCUCUUUGUACAUCAGUGAGGUGGAAGGCAAGCGAGGAGAGCAGUCUGAUGAAGGAUUUUAUCAGUGCUUGGCCAUGAACAAAUAUGGAGCCAUUCUUAGUCAGAAAGCUCAUCUUACCUUAUCAACUAUUUCUGCAUUUGAAGUUCAGCCCAUUUCUGUCGAGGUCCAGGAAGGUGGAGUUGCUAGAUUUGCAUGCAAGAUUUCAUCAAACCCUCCUCCAGUCAUAACAUGGGAGCUAAAUCGGACAGCUCUGCCUAUAACCAUGGACAGGGUAACUGCCCUACCAACAGGAGUAUUGCAGAUCUAUGAUGUUCACCAAAGGGAUGUGGGAAAUUAUCGUUGUGUUGCUGCUACUGUAGCCCACAGACGUAAAAGUAUGGAGGCUUCUCUCACAGUGAUUCCAGGUAAGGAGUCUAAAUCCUUCCACAUACCAACCAUUAUAGCAGGUCCACAGAACAUAACUACGUCCCUUCAUCAGACUGUUGUUUUAGAAUGCGUGGCCACUGGAAAUCCCAAACCAAUCAUUUCUUGGAGCCGUCUUGAUCACAAGUCCAUUGAUGUCUUUAAUACCCGGGUACUUGGAAAUGGUAAUCUCAUGAUAUCUGACAUCAGGCUACAGCAUGCUGGAGUAUAUGUUUGUCGGGCCACGACCCCCGGGACACGCAACUUUACAGUUGCCAUGGCAACUUUAACUGUCUUAGCUCCUCCUUCAUUUGUCGAAUGGCCGGAAAGUUUGACGCGGCCUCGAGCUGGCACUGCUCGAUUUGUAUGUCAGGCAGAAGGAAUCCCCUCACCGAAAAUGUCGUGGUUGAAAAACGGAAGGAAGAUACAUUCAAACGGGAGAAUUAAAAUGUACAACAGUAAAUUGGUAAUUAAUCAGAUCAUCCCUGAAGAUGAUGCUAUUUAUCAGUGCAUGGCUGAGAACAGCCAAGGUUCUGUUUUAUCUAGAGCCAGACUGACUGUAGUAAUGUCAGAAGACAGGCCCAGUGCUCCCUAUAAUGUGCAUGCUGAAACCAUGUCAAGUUCAGCCAUCCUUUUAGCUUGGGACAGGCCACUUUAUAAUUCAGACAAAGUCAUCGCUUAUUCUGUGCACUACAUGAAAGCAGAAGGUUUAAAUAAUGAAGAGUAUCAAGUAGUCAUUGGAAAUGACACAACUCAUUAUAUUAUUGAUGAUUUAGAACCUGCCAGCAAUUAUACUUUCUACAUUGUGGCAUAUAUGCCAAUGGGAGCCAGCCAGAUGUCUGACCAUGUGACACAGAACACUUUAGAGGAUGUUCCCCUGAGACCUCCUGAAAUUAGUUUGACCAGUCGAAGCCCCACCGACAUUCUCAUCUCCUGGCUGCCCAUCCCAGCCAGGUACCGGCGGGGCCAGGUGGUACUCUACCGUCUGUCCUUCCGCCUGAGUACCGAGAAUUCCAUCCAAGUCCUGGAGCUCCCGGGGACCACACAUGAGCACCUCUUGGAGGGCCUGAAACCGGAUAGUGUUUACCUGGUGCGGAUUACAGCUGCCACCAGAGUGGGGCUGGGAGAGGCUUCAGUAUGGACCUCCCACAGGACACCCAAAGCUACAAGCCUAAGAGCCCCUAGGUCUCCAGAGUUACAUUUGGAGCCUCUGAACUGUACCACCAUUUCUGUGAAGUGGCAGCAAGAUGCUGAGGACACAGCAACCAUUCAGGGCUAUAAGCUGUACUAUAAAGAAGAAGGGCAGCAGGAGAACGGACCCAUUUUCUUAGAUACCACUGACCUUCUCUACACUCUCAGUGGCUUAGACCCCAGAAGAAAAUACCACGUGAGGCUGCUGGCUUACAACAACUUCGAAGAUGGCUAUCAGGCAGAUCAGACAGUCAGUACUCCCGGAUGUGUGUCUGUUCGUGAUCGCAUGGUUCCUCCUCCACCACCACCCCACCAUCUCUAUGCGAAGGCUAACACUUCAUCUUCCAUCUUCCUGCACUGGAGGAGGCCUGCGUUCACCACUGCACAAAUCAUUAACUACACCAUCCGCUGUAACCCUGUUGGCCUACAGAAUGCCUCUUUGGUUCUCUACCUUCAAACGUCAGAAACUCACAUGUUGGUUCAAGGUCUAGAACCAAACACCAAAUAUGAAUUCGCUGUUCGAUUGCAUGUGGAUCAGCUUUCCAGUCCCUGGAGCCCUGUUGUCUACCACUCUACACUUCCAGAAGCCCCAGCAGGCCCACCAGUUGGAGUAAAAGUGACAUUGAUAGAAGAUGACACUGCUUUGGUUUCUUGGAAACCUCCUGAUGGCCCAGAGACGGUUGUGACACGUUACACUAUCUUGUAUGCAUCCAGGAAGGCCUGGAUUGCAGGAGAGUGGCAGGUCCUACACCGAGAAGGGGCGAUAACCAUGGCUUUACUAGAAAACCUGGUGGCAGGAAAUAUAUACAUUGUGAAGAUAUCUGCAUCCAAUGAGGUGGGAGAAGGACCCUUUUCAAAUUCUGUGGAGCUGGCAGUACUUCCAAAGGAAAGCCCUGAAUCAAAUCAGAGGCCCAAGCGUUUAGAUUCUGCUGAUGCCAAAGUUUAUUCAGGUUAUUACCAUCUGGACCAAAAAUCAAUGACUGGCAUUGCUGUAGGUGUUGGCAUAGCAUUGACCUGCAUCCUCAUCUGUGUCCUCAUCUUGAUAUACCGAAGUAAAGCCAGGAAAUCAUCUGCCUCCAAGACGGCACAGAAUGGAUCACAACAGUUACCUCGUACCAGUGCCUCCCUGGCCAGUGGGCAUGAGGUAGGAAAGAACCUGGAAAGAGCUGUAGAAAAUGAAGAGUCCUUAAUGCCAAUGAUCAUGCCAAACAGCUUCAUUGAUGCCAAGGGAGGAACUGACCUGAUAAUUAAUAGCUAUGGUCCUAUCAUUAAAAACAACCCUAAGAAAAAAUGGCUUUUUUUCCAAGAUCCUAAGAAGAUAAAAGCUGAGCAGCCUCAAAGAAGGUUCACUCAAGUGGUCUGCUUUUACCAGCCAGGGACUACGGUGUUAAUCAGUGAUGAAGACUCCCCCAGCUCCCCCGGUCAAACGGCCAGCUUCCCAAGACCGUUUGGUGUAGCAGCUGAUACUGAGCAUUCAGCAAAUAGCGAAGGCAGCCACGAAACUGGGGAUUCUGGAAGGUUCUCCCACGAGUCAAAUGAUGAAAUACACCUGUCCUCAGUUAUAAGUACCACACCCCUGACCCCCAGUUCCCUCACUGGCAGUGAUUCAGGUGGGGCUCCCUCGAUGAGAAAGUGUGAAGAGCCUGCGGUGUUGGCGGAGGCUGAGGACCCUUCCUCCUCAGUCCUGCAACUGCCAUCUGCCCCAGUCUGCUUUGACAAGAAGGAUUUUCCAAUCUAGACAGCCAUGUCCAGGUAUUCUCACCUUCAAGUCUGUUCGAAGGACAAUGAACAGGGAGCCAGAGCCUUUUGUGAAAAUCUUGAUGUCUUAUUGGGUGUUUUACCUUUUUUGAAUGUGGUUUUUUUUUUUUUUUUUUUUUUAAUCUUUAAGCUCAUGUAUUUUGAAUGUUUCAUUGUCAGCAAUGUGAAAAGACAGUCAAGAUACUUGACUGGACUGUAAAAUAUAUCACUGGAGCAAAGGGAAGACUUUGGAAAGCCCUUUUGCUGACUAUCUACCUCAGUUUGCCAGAUGGCAAACUCAGAAGACAGCUUUGUUACCUCGUUUGUUGUGAUAGUUUAUCUUGGCUACGUAACCAAUGAUACUUCCUAGUAGCAUUUUGUUUUCAUUGCUGUAUGUGUAAUGUGUGUGAUCAAAGGAGUCAUAUAGGUAGAUGAGUAAGAAUGUUUAUCUGAAGCUCUGAUUUUAAAAAAUCAACAACAAUAAGCUAUGACAUCAGCUUGGUUUGGAUAAUUUAAUGCCUCUGGCUGUGAGGGCAGAAACCACUGAGAAGAGAAAAGGGGGGGGGACUAUUGACUUUACUGAAUGACCAAAACAAACAAACAAACAAACAAACAAGCCUCUCUUUUGAGAAUAGAACUGUUCAGUAGCAUACAGGGAAUGCUAUUGCUUCAAGGGCCUUUAUGCCAUGGGCAUUAGAGUCCGAGUACUUUAUCUGCUGUGUCCCCAAACCUCAGCCUGCAUAGAAGCUGUGCCUUUUCUACCUGCCCCUUGCCUGACAGUUGGCCAAAGGCUGCACUGUCUAGUUUGCAAAGCAUCCUCAGCUUUUCCAGAAUUAGUUGCAAAACUCCUUGCAGAAAACAGAUUUUUAAAGAGACUAGGUUAGGAGUUUGUUUGUUUUUUUAAUUCCAACUUGGCUUAGAGGGGUAAAGAAAUUUCAUUAAAUAUUAAGAAUGAAGAUGAAUGCAACAAUAGACAGUCAGAUGACCUUGAAGUUAUCACAGUAACAGUGCCUUCCAAUAUAUAUUGUGAAAUUCUUUGCCUUAUACUUUUUUAGUAUUCAUGAAGUUAUUCAGGACAAGGGUACAAAAAGUUGCCUUAGAAGUUUCAUGGAUUUUAUCAGUAGCUAUUUUGAGGUACAGUAUUUUAUCAAGGCAUUUUGGUUUGUUUUCAUGCAGGUUUUAUUUAGGAAUAACUAUUCACACUUCUACUAAUUUGCUUGUAUUUUUCUCAAUUCUUAAGAGAAUUUGGUACUCUUGAUUUAAUCUUCCUUUGCUUUCAAUGCUGUGAAUGAGGAAUGCUAACUCCAGAAGUGACUUAAUUCUCUUGCUGGUUUGAAAUCAGUAAACUGUUUACUUAGCCACAUAGAAUAGGCCUUUUCUCAGUUAUGAGGCAGUUACCUAUUAGGUGCCCAACAGUGGGAAAGGAUAAAGAAUUAAACACAUGGUAUGGAGAGGGGGCUCCCUUAUCCUUUUAAAAGUAUUGUUUCAAAUAUCUGGAAAUGACUUUGGGUCCUCUUUUUAAAAGAAAUCUUAAUGAGUUUCCCCCUUGAAAGUCCUUGUUUAUAGACAGGCUGGGGGUGGGGGUCAUGUUAAAUGGUGUUCUAAAGCCAAAAAAAUAUUACUGGGUAACAGUCCCACCUCUGUCAUCUUCUGUCCCAGUGUCUGAUGAUACAUUUGGGGGUUGUUCUUUAAUCUGUAGUUUGGUGCCAAAUUGGAUGUGUUCAGAAGCAGACCAACAUUAAGUGUGAGGAUCUACUUCUGAACUAAAUUCAAAGUCCCCCAUUUAGUUAUCUAAGUAUGGGCUUCAUGGCAAGACAAAAAAGCAGAGCUUUAAUGAACAAUCUGAGGCAAGGAAAAAAUGCUGCUCCUGCCUUUAUAGCUCCUGGUUUAUACUACCUCCUUUUAAAGUUAUUCUAGUGUUAUUUUUUUUCCUGUACUCAGGGAACAUUGUGUUACUUUUGAGCUGCCUCAUGGAAGCAUGGGCAAAUUGACAGGGUAUGGCGUUUUUUGGUUUGUUAGUAGAAAUAUGUGGGGCCAACUUUUUAUCAGUGUCUAAAACUAAGGAAUACAAUGAGUUUGUUUUAUUUUUUUUAAACUUUCAUUAAAAGGCAAACAAAAUCUAAAGUUGAAACAUCAUUCAUCAUGUCUAGGACUCUAUAAAUUUGAAUCACAGUAAAAGCCUAAAAUGAUGAUCCGAAGUCCUUGAGGAAAGUAUUUUGUUUGUUUUGUUUUUGAUGAAUAGGCCCAUAGUUACUGUAGAUCUUUAGGCUAUAACUAUUUGCUAAUUAUUUACCAGUACAUUUUUUACUCUUUCCCUUUUUCAUUUUGUUCUUAUACAAGAUUUGUUCACAAUAAUCCUGUUACCAAAGAAUUUUCAGUAGAAAGUGAAAAUUUGACUAUGAGUUCCCCCCAAAUUGAAUUAUCUAGAAACAUCUAUAGGUUAUGAAGCUUAUACAAGUAGUUACUAACCCAGAAUAAUAGGGUUUAUAUUGAUUGUUGUAGUAAUUAGACUAGUAAUUUUAACUACCUUAUUGUUACCACAGCAUUUAAAAUAAGUUUUUUACCAGCAGAUAGUUCCAAAGAAUUUCAAGUGUAAUUUUUUUUCUUCAGCCAGUAAUCUUCAGCUGUACAGUAUUAGAGUAUUUUGAAAUUGCUGAAACUACUCGUUGGAGAGAAAAAAAAUUUUUUUCACCAAAGAUAAAUAUUUUGGUCUCAUUGAAAUAUUUAGUGUACACCAAAGACUACUUUUUACUUGGCCAAAGCUAGCUUCUUUGAAGUCUUAAGUAUGAAAUUGUAACUAAAAUGUGAAGGUUCUCACUCAUCUCUCAUAGUGGUGCUACUUCAUGGGAUUUCACUUGGAAGGGGCUAAUAUGCAGACAGUAACUAUUUUCUUUUCCUAAGACUUACUUGCUCUAAGUACUGAUACAUGCAUGUCGUUUUUAUGCCAAAUAUUACAAGAUACUGCUCAUCAGUAUUUUCAUACCAAAGACCAUUAAAAUAUAUAGAUUAGCCUGUAAGUAAGUAAAGAUGAGCAGAUUUGAAAUAAAUUUAUUUAGAGGCUGAUAGGGAAUCUAGCUUUAGUAGCAAAAGAUAUCAAAAGGCUAAGUUUACAUAAUUAAAAGCAAUACAAUUAUAUUGGUAUUUAUCAGUGUUUCAAUUCAAGUGUUUUUAUCAGCAAAUUUUUUUUUAAAAAACCAAAGAUAUUUAAAGUUACUGCCACAAAUAGGCAGAUUUUUAGUUGUACAUUAAACUGUUAUUUCUUGUGUUUAUGUCAACCAGACUUGUCUCUCCAGAACCCAGUAUACAAAUGGCAUACAUAGGGACUUUCCAUCAAAUCUGCUGAUUCAGCCACAGGAUGUUUUUGCCAAAAGAUGUGAUACUUUCCUAAGCACCUUGAGUGUGAGAUGUCAACAAAAAUAUCAGCAGCCUUUUCCGUUGCCGAGCAUUAUAGCAACCCGUGACUCAGUCUGUGCAGUCUUCCUCCUGCUUAGAGCAUUACCUGGUUAACUCUAAAAGCUUGAGCCAGUCCUUUAAUAGUAGGGAUGUUCUCAUCUCUGGGGAGCAGUGGGAUUUAACAGGGAAACAAGUCAUAUCACUGUUUAAGUGAGCUCUAUUUGAGAGAUGUGCUCUUUAAAGUUGUCCAUCAAUUGAAAUGUUUUAAUUGCAUGAAGAGAAUCUGGUAUUCCAAAUUUUAGUGGAACCUUGGGUGAAACAAAAUUUUUUUUCAUAAAAUCUGGGCUUUUAUGUUUUGAUUAGCCUAAAAGGAAGGACAUAGCUUUAUCCACUAAAUGGCUUUAAAAAAUCAGCUUUGACACACCAGAGAAAUUGGAUCCUCCAUGAAAUACCUUUUAUUUGCCUUCGCUUCAAAUAAGAGCAGUGCCAACAGUGGGAACAAUGACAGGGUUUUGCAUUGAUUUGUCUUGACUUCAUUAAGGACACCUGCCAGAAACUUGCUCAUGUUGAUGACUCAGGACCAUGGUUCAAGUCCAUAUGAAGACACCUUUGGAAACAAUUCAGACUGUCACAAAAAAAUGGACUUGAAAGUUUGGGGUUUUUUUAAACGCUAGAAUAUUGAGAUAGGGUUCUACCUCAGCAGUGGCUGUAAUGAUUCACAUAUAUGUUUGUAUUUCAUUGAAUGUAAAUUUUAAAUACUGAAUGUAAAAAAAAAGUUCCAAUACAUUGAAAGAAUCAUGAUCUAAGACUAAAGAUAUAUUUUGUAGGUUUUGUUCAUGACAGUUUGCCACAUGUGUCUCUGGUAAAAUUGCUUUGGUUUAAUAGUCAUAAUUUCUGUGGGCUCGUGAGCACAGAGUAGAGGGUUCUGGAGAUUGCCAUACACAACCAGUUGUCUAAUUGUGAAUUUUAUUGAUGUCUAGAGAACACAUACAUAGAAUUCUGUGAAGUUGAUUUAUGCUCAGGACAUAAGAACACAGGCUAAUGCAAUGUGUAUGUUUUCAGGCUUUAAUCUUCUUAGGUAGGCUUCCCUUGGUAAGCCUUCGAAGGUGUUUAAGAUUAACAUGACAGUUUUGCAUUUUUACCAGACAGAUACUGUAUUAUUUUCUUGUUGCUGCUAUAAUAAAUCACCACAAAGUUGACCUGAAAACAACCCAAAUCUACUAUCAUACAGUUCUAUAGGUCAGAAGUCUGACACAGGUCUCAAUGGGAUAAAAGCAAGGUUCAUUUCCUUGUCUUUUUUCUGGCUUUUAGAAGGUGUAGACCCCACCCUCUAUCUUCAAAGUCGGCAGCAUAGUAUCUCUCUGACCCCACUUCCAUUAUCAUGUCUCUUUUUCUGACCCCAACCAGAAAAGGUUCUCCAGUGUUAAGAACUCAUAUGAUUAGACUGGGCCUACCUAGACAAUCCAGGAUACCCUCCACAUCUGAAAAUUCUGAACUUAAUCAUAUCUGCAAAAUCCCUCUUGCUGUGCUUGGGUUAAUGUAGUCAGAGUCCAGGGGUUUGGACGUAGACUUCCAUGGGUGCCCAUUAUUUUGCCUAAAACAGAUAUAGUAUUUCUGUAGAAAUUUGAUCCCCAUAAGAUGUCUGUAGCAUUACAGAGAUUGGAAGUGUGAAUCCAUGUGCCUCUUGGGGAUCUUCAAAAUUUCAAAGCUAUGAAAACCUUGGCUUACCAUCUAUCAAAUGUAUAUUAAACUUUCUAAAUCACUUGCAAAAACAAUUCAGCUUUAAACUUUUUGAAUAUGUGCUUUAUAAAUUCAUAUUUCAGUUCUCUGUGUUUAACAGAAUGUUUCCUACAUGUUUGGCUCUAACUUUAUGGAAUUUCAUCAGAAAUUUUUGAAAGCUGUUCUUACUACAAUUGAACUUUCUCUUUUUCUCUGAAGUGAUUGUGUUGUUGGGGGAAAGACCUCAAAUAUAGAGACACAGAGUAGACAAACAGGACCAUGCUCAAGUUUAUUCUUUACUCUUUUUAAAGCAACAUGCACCCUUCUUGACUUUUAAAGCAGGAUUUAUUUCUUAAGCCUCACCAGCUACUGACUGUCUGGUUUUCAGUUUGAUAACCUCUUGAUUUUCCAUGAGCUUCAGCAAGAGCUUCCACUUAACCUUGUCAGCCUGUACAACUCCUAGGAAAUUUUGUCUUUUUUUUUGUCAUUCUGCUUUGAUUUCAGUAGUUCCUUUUCAUAGAAAGCUUUGGAUUCCACACCUCUAGUUCUAAUUCCUGGAUCGUUUCAAGUCAAGCCUUCUUUCAGAUUUGAAGGAUAGUUUAUAAUUCUACCCUAAUUUUCAGCAUUUCUUCAAUGAAUGAGGUAAGUCUGUUUGUAUCAUGAGGUAUAGACCAUGACAAUAUCCUGAGUAAGGUUAAGAGUCUAGUUGUUUUUCACCCACUUCUGACUCUACGCCUUAGGAAGGGGUAAUGCCAUUUAUUGAGCAUAUUCAGUGUGCCAAGCACAUGCCUUACCCCUGCAAACUGCUACCUCCUGCAAAGUAUUAUCCCCAUUUUAGAUGAAACAGGUUUAAAAUGUCUCACUAUCCACAGAUCAUAGUUAUUAGUAAGUGGCUUAGCCAAGAUAGAAACAUAGGUUGGUCCAACUCCAGUGUUGGUAGGAUUUCUACUGUGGUACAUUUUCUUAGUUAAUACAUGAUAUUCAGUUACAUGGGCUCAUAGUGCUUCCACUGUGUCAGCACAGCCUGUCCACAGUCACACCCAGCCAACAGAGAGAAGUCUGUCUUAGUUACAUCCACUUACUAUUGAAGGAAUUUAGGAGGCUGGGCUAUAUGUCACUCUUCGUCAUCUAACCUCCUUCUUUCCUCCUUUAAAACCUUUCAUUUCUCUUAGCCAGUAUCAUGUAUGAAAGCUGAUGCUUCUGCAUAGAGUUGCAUCAAAUAAGGUGGGCAUGGUUUCUGGAGCCCUUAGUCAGGCAUUUCCUUGUUAGACUAGGUGUUCAGAAUUGGAUUUUAUCUUUUGUAGUUUUUCUGUAGUCACUAUCAAAUGGAAAUUUAUUAAGUAGAAAAAGCCAGGUGUGUAACCAGUCAUCAUUUCUUACUAGGUCUGAAGAACAUAGUUUUUAUUUGAAUUCAACCUAAUUAAUUUAGGAGGGAGCAAAGUUUAGGGAGAAUCAUAUAGGAGAACAAGUAUAAAGGUAGUCUUUAGCACACUUAAAUUCUAGUCCUUGUCCAUUUUGAGAACUGUGUGGUAGGAAGGUUCUUAACCUAUUUUUGUUCCUUUUCUAUCCAUGAAAUAAGGAUAAUUUGUUGUGCAGAAUGAUGCAGUAGUACUUUGAAAACUUAGAAGUGUAAAUACUUAUGAUCUGAAAGUCAUUUCUCUAAGGCUGUGAAACAUACCUUAAUAGAUGUGUUUUCUUUACAGGGUCGCCUUGCCAAUUACAUUUUGCCCAUGCUAAAAUGAAAAAUGUUUGCAUUUCCUGUAUGCACACCAAAAAAAAAAAAAA